AUGAGUCCUCCACUCGUCAGUGAACCAUCAAGCGACCUUUCAACAACAUCACACUCCAUGGAUGGUGUGGUGAGGUAUGUACAUGAUGAACGCCAUCAUCUUUACAAGUUAACAUGCACACGGGACAUGUGCUUUGAAGUUAUGACAUAUCUGGGAACUCAAGAUCUAUUCUCAGUGAUGCUUUCCUGUCGCCAAUUUCAUGACUUAAUUCAUGCGAAUACUGUUCUAUUGAGGCCCUUCGCUUUGAAUGGUAUUAGGAAAUGCCUGUCUCGGCUCGAGAAGUAUGAAGUCCCAUGCUUAGCUCUGCUCGAUCAUUUUGGUGAAAACUUCUCUCAAGAAGUAUUCUUUGGUGUGUUGGUUCAAGCGAUGAACACAGCAAGUGUAAAUGUGCUUUACACCGUCUUGGAUCGAAUGGAAGUGACAAGCACAGUGCUACGUCAAGCUCUCUUGGAAUGCAAUCAACGUUCUCAUCCUAUAUAUCGAGCUCUAAUGAAUCAUCCCAAAGUUGAAGGAUUGGUACCGGAAGUGGUUUCACUCCUCAUUCACAACACAGAUUUCUACGAGCUCGAACGGUUACCUCUCGAUAGUAUCGAUCUUUCCAUCUAUUUUAAUGAACUGUUGGAAGAUCAUCCUACUUUUUUUUCCUCACAUUCCUCACUCUUGCACCAUCAUUGGCAACGAAGAAAGGAUCGACAUCUCAUUGUGGAAAGGUUUGCCAGAAUUUUCUCUGGAAUUAGGAUUGGUGUAGAAUGUAAAGUUGUUCUCGAUUAUUUAGAAUUGAUGAAUACGAAGGAACGAGCCAUGCAAAAACAGUUUGUGAUUGAACAAUCAGAAGAAUUGAAAUUGGAAUUAUUACUUCGACAGUCUCUCUUUAAAACAUUUGGUUUAGAUAUUUUGAAAUAUUCUCUCACUCAUCACCACCACAAUGUGGUAUUGAGGUGUUUGACAUUGGACCCACUUAACAUGUCUCAGGAGUUGGAUAUGCAACAUUUGACAUUGGAACUUAUUGUUCACAGACAAUAUUUCUGGUUAGCACAAUUAAUUCAACUUUUCAAAACAAGUGCCAUUGAAUGGAUUGCAACCUCACCAAGAAAUUACUUACGACUUGUGUUUGAGCAGGCUGUUCCUCUUGGUUCCAACAGCAACUAUUUUGGUGUUUUUGACACACAAAUACAAGAGAGAACCAAACGUCAAGAAUCCUCUUUGAAUUGCCUCAUAAUCACUGUUGCAAACUUAUUUCCGGAAAUCGAUUAUACAAGGAAUGAAAACGAGCUUUUGAGGAAGGCUGCCUUACUAAAGUCAGAUAUGAUUACAACAACGUUGAAAAAACUGCAGGAAGAACAAUUAAAGAAACUCACGAACGAGCAGAAUCGUGAUACGUCUAACCUAGAGGAUUGUAUCGAUGAUGACUUUCAAAAGUAUGAGGUGUUAUUACAUGAAAUUAAUAAUACGAGAAUUAAUGAUGCCCGUUUUUAA